AACGUGCCAGUGCAGCACUUAUUACCGCUGCCGAGCAAAGAGACGCCGAAUGCCGAAAUCUGCGCAAACGAAUCGAAGGAAUGAAUACACAACUGGCUGAGAACAAGAAAGAUAUCGCUGGCCUUUCUGAGGAGCUAGCUCGGCUCCGCCCGCUGCAGCAGCAGUCCGAGGAGCACAAGGCAGAUAUCGCGGCACUUACUGAUGAAUUGGAUCGGCUACACCCCCUGCAGCAACUAUCUGAAGACCAGAAGAAAAAAAUAUCGGCGCUGUCCGCCAAGGUAGAUCUCCUGCACGGGACAGAGAGGGAAGCAGAGAGUCUGCGAGCGGAUAUCGAGGAGAGGUCCAACGCAAUAGCUGAGCUUGAACGAGCAGUCAAGGCUCGGGAUGAGGUAGCAUCCGAUACAGCCAGGAGAUAUAAAGAGAAGGACGAGCUGGCACAGAGGCGUCUCGGAGACCUCGAAGAUGCCAUAUCGAGAGAGCGCUUGAAUACACAGACGGCAGUCCGCGCUGCCGAAGACGCAAGAAAAGAGCUCGCCGAAACACGUUUGGCGCUUGAGAAAAGGCUAUCCGAAGCCAACGAGAGUCGCCGUCACACCGAGGAGAUGUCCCAGAAGGAGGUCGCUGCUGUCGCUACCGUCAAGGCUGAGAUGUCUGACUUGCAGUCUCAAACUUGUACGCAACUGAGUGAAGCUCAAGCGGCAUUAGCCUCGCGAGAGUGCGAGAUUGCGACCUCGAGGUUGCAGGUCGAGGAGCUUCAGGGAAAAGAAGUAAAGAAUUCCGAAGAACUGCAACGUGCCCAAGAUCUCGCUCAGAAGCUGGGAUCGGAAGUUUCGAUGCUCAAGGGCAAGCAUCAACGUGCAUCCCACACCAUCGCUUCGCUCGAGGCAAAGAUUCUCGAGGUCGAUCGACAAAUGGACGCAGAAGUGCUUACCAACUGGCAACAGUGGGCAUCCGCCCUCACGGGGAGCCUGAAGCAAUGGGUGCUGCGCAGCCGGAAGGCGAAGCGCAUCUACCGCAAGCUUCAAGACACGCCGGAUUUCAAGCUCGAUCUUGGGGGCGACGAGGAGCUAGAAGCUGCCAAGGAUGCCACCAGCGUAUUCCUUGCGAUAUACGAGUACCUGAAGCAGCAGGCCGGGGUCGAACACGACAAGGCAAAUGGACCUGAGAUCUCGGGGCUUGUCGAGGUCCUCGGCGCUGCUGAGGUCAGGCAUGUCAAGUUGAGAAGUCCUUUGGUGGAGGAGACACCGACAAGCACGCCACUACCUGUUUCUGCCGAGCAGGCCAGGCGACGACAGAUGUCACAGCCAAAGCCCAUUCUGAAACAGCGCGACAACACCCCAUCAGAUUUGCAGCCAGACUCGCUGCCAUAUUCGCAGCCUCCGGCCACGAGAAAGCGGACUCGGUCGCAGACCCAAGCCGCAGAGUCGCCUAUCGUGCUUCCUUUCGAACGCGUGACACGGCAGAAACGGGCACUGAGCCCGCAGCAAUAG